GCGAUUAUAUGUGAGACAUCAAAAUUCUUCUGUGGCUCGACCAUCCCAGCACAGGGGUGAGGGACCUUUCCAGAUACUCCACAGAGAAGGGGGAUCUUCCAGGUUUUCUGCAGGCUGAUCUGGGGUGAAUAAGGCUCCCUUGUAACACGCUCCUGCUGCCUUCUGGCCAUGCUGUAUCACACUGUGUAGAAGCAGGGCAUUGUGCAGCUCCCUUUCCAGCACCUCUUUGUGUGGGAGAGCGAGGAAGUGGGCGAGGGACAGACCAACGCUGAGCAUCUGCCACCCAUCACUGCGCCAUCUAGAGCUACACUUGCAGCUGUGGAUCUGCUCUCCCCGGGCACAGGAGAGGAGCCGAGCUGAGAGAGCCAGCGCCCAGCUCUUCAUGUUCUAUCGACUCAAAGCCAUCACCGAGUGGCCCAUUAGGACCGGAAACCCAUGGCAGAGCAGGGCUACGUGGCUGGGCUGCUGACAAGCCAGGCCUUUGAUGUUCAGGAGGCCACCAGAUACUGGGCAUCUCAGGCUCUCUACUGGCUCUUCACGCCUUGCAAAGGUGCAGGAUCUGCACACGGCUCUUUCCUCCACACUGAGACCACCCCAGGGGAGACGGCUGAGUGACACGAAAAGAGACAUCCUGCACCUGCUGGCCCGACAGCACACCAAGGCUGCAGUCAGCAUCCUCCUGCAGAUGCCCUGGCCUUACGAGCGGCCCACCAGCAGGGUGAAGCUGAAGGACGUGAGGUCACGCGACCGCAGGUGUUUCACGAUGAGCUGCAGGGAAAGGCACAGGCUGAGUGUGAGCAGUGAGCCCCGGCCCGGGGAGCCACAGUCUCCUUUACUCACCAUAGCAACACGGGCAGGGCUCUCUCGGCAGCUAGCAUCCUUCUGCGUCUUGCUCAGCACGGUCGCCACCGCCCCUGUCUUGGUGUGCACGGUGGCUGCACAAGAAACCAACAGUGCUCAGGCAGAGCUCUCAGGGCCAGAUUCUUCCCCGCCCCCAUCGAGCCAGGUCAGAGGUGCCAAAGAGCCAGACUCCGGCCGCAGCUGGGAACGCCCAGCUAGGAUAGAAUGUGAACAACCAGCCCGGCCCCACAUGGCCUGUGCGAAUGGGCCCCUCCCUAUCAUACCAGGAACGUCUGCAGCACAAGAUCCAGGCCCUCCCAGGGCAGCUGUUGCAGAGACUGGACCAGAGAGAAGCAGGGAAGUAAAUAGCAGGGGAGCUGGCGUACACAAGGCAGAGGGACAAGUGGAUCCCCCAUCUGGAGCCAGGGCGAGUCGUGGCCUGGCCGUGUGGCUGUCCCGAAUCCAUGCUUUCCUCCCUCUGCACCAAAUGCUAUUUAACGCUCUGGGCCAGAUCCUCACCUGGUGUAAACUGGGGGUAGGUUCCAGCUCCCUGUGCCAAGAAGCCAGGGUAAUUCUGUACAGUCUCACAGACACUCACCUCUACAGCUGUCCUCUCUGCCAACCCCACUGCAGAGUUAACUGAGUAGCCACUUGUGACCAGCCCUUUGGAAAAUAAACCGAGGGGCUGGAUUUGGCUGGACACGCAGCUCUCUGCAUCGGGCCAGGGUCCAGCUACUCAGCAGAGGGGUGGCUGAGUUUCCCAGCCAAGGAGGCAGGUGGAAGCUGCAGCUUUGUCCAUGCCUCACUAAGCUCUGUACGGAUAGCAGAGCUUUCUGCCGCCUCAGUCCCCCUCAGCUUCACCAGGGCAGGGAGCUGAAUCAUGGCGCUGGUGAUACACGUGCCGAUGGUCUCAGCCUCUUGUUCCUUAGAGAGGCGAGGCUCGAAUUUCCUGAUUGGAAGGAAGGGAGCAGACGGGGCCAUUAGAACAGAGACAGGUCCCAGCAUGAGCAAGGUUGGGUUUGCUCAGCAAAGUAUGCAGGGACUUGCCCAUGUGAUU